UACAGCAGCUCGAUUACCUACCAAUCGCAUAGAGAUAUUUAAAACACUCGGCUGCAUCAAUUAUUUAAUGUCGUUAGUCAAGUUGUUGACUCAAGAGACGGUUAUUCUCAAAGUUGCUCUGCAAUGGUUUUUGGGACUUUUGAACUCCUGCUCUGACUGUUCUACAUCUCCAGCCUUAUUGUAUGCAAAGAAACUGUUACAUCGUAUGACCGACCAAGAACUCAUGGUAAAUCAUUUUUUACAAACAGGAAUAAUUUAGUAGGUACACUGAAGCUCAUCAAAGAUUCAAGGCGCAGUGUCUAGCAGGAAUUCAAAUUGUAAAGCUGGAUGCGUUCGUUCUAAUCAUGGUGUGACUGAUGGUUGCAACAAAACAAUCGAUCGAGCUUUCACGGAAUUCACAUACCAAUCGCUAGAUGGCGCAUCUGUUUGUGAACUUUUGACGUGAACUUGACUAAAACUUUUUUAAGUUUUAACAACUUAACCAAAAUACUUGAGCUUUUUGUAGAUUUUAUAUUGUGAUACUGAUGUAAAAUGAAAUAUAAGUGUGUUUUGAUCGCUGUCCUACGGUGAAAUUAUGUUUUUAUUGUUUUCGAACCCUGUCGUACGGAAAUAAAUCUGUGAACUUAGUCUCUACAACAUUUAAAGAAUUUGAGUGAUUCAGACAUGCAAGAUUUACAUAAAAUGAGAUAGAAGAAAUGUUAAGAAGAUGGCAGAGUUCUUGCCACUGUGCGACGUGCUGUUCAACGUGAUAUCACUCGCUGGGUACUUCUGCGAUGUGGUUUUCGACCUCGUGAUGGGCUAUGCGCUACUAGAACGGGGAUAUAAAUGUACAUUUGCAGCCACUAUAUCUAUUGUCAUCACGUCGCUACUCAUAUCACAGGUGUUAUCGCUUCGCUGGUACCUGCAUGUGUGGUGGGCGAGCGAGGGGCGCAAGGACCGGCCGCCGUGGCUGCCCAUACUCCUCCAUUGUCUGCAGAUGGGGGUGCUGUGGCGGUACGCGCGACUGCUCGUACCCGUCGAGCUGAGACGAGUGAAGCACCAAGUUCGAGAUCUAUGCAUGCUGCGGUUGGUGCACGCGUUCUGCGAAGCAGCACCGAUGCUACUGCUGCAGUUGCACAUACUGCUGAAGGACGCUGACCUGGACCCCGCCAACGAGCUGGCGAUCACUCCAGACCCCACCGUGGAUGAGCCUUCAGCGAACAAAGCGUUCGCGGAGCUGAACGUGAUAUCGGCGUCCCUGUCGCUGUUCUCGGUGUGCUGGGCGCUGGCCAGCUUCAGCAAGAACGUGCGGCUGCAGAACGUGCACCGCCUCGUGCUCACUUGGCUCGGAGUUAUUUUUCAAUUUUUGUGGCGGCUCGGAACGGUGUCGGCGCGGAUAUGCGCGCUCAGCGUGUACGCUCUAGUCUACGAGUAUUGGGUGUUUUUAGUUAUAGGUCUCCACUGGGUGUCGAUGUUCCUGUGGCUGAUCUCGCCGAAGAACGUGUUCCACGGCGAGCGCAUCAGCCGGCCGCGAAAGGCGUGCCUGUCCGCGCUCAUCGCCUUCGUCUACGUGUUCGCGUACAUCAACUUGCAGGAACACAACCAUAGGCAGAAAAUGGUUGUUUUCUACUGUGUGAUGUGCGUCGAGAACUGCGUGCUGGUGACGGCUUGGUGGUGGUCGUGGCGCGGGGCGCUGAGGCCUGCCACUCUCGCGGCCUCGGCGGCCUCCGCCACUCUCGCGGGGCUCGCCUUCAUGUUACUGUACUACAGGUACUUCCACGUGCGUCGACUCGGCUACAUGUUGGGCGAGCAUCAACAGGGCACCAAUAGUACAAAUGCAUCAUCACAAAACAAAAAUGGUAAACCCAGUCAAACUGACAAUGCGGUCAUACCCGGUGUGUUCAACUGUAGAUUUUCCAACCCAGUCAAUAAUAGCGCAGCAAAUGGUCGUAAGAAGAAAAAACCUACCUCGUUCGUGCCCCCGCCCGCCGCGCCGCCCGCCGCCUUCUGGAGGCGCCCGCUGCCCGCCGCGCACAACCAUCAUGGUGGCUCAUCAGAAAACGAAGGAUCGAGCGUCGGGUCCCGAGUGAACAUUCAGCAGAAAUUACAAGAGAAGAAACAAAAACAACUCGCAGAACUUAGAGUAAUAGAGGAGGAAAUCAAACAGGGGAAGUUAGCCAAAACCACGCCAGUUGCGGCCGAAGAAAUAUACAGCAGUCUGCAAAGACAGCCCAUUCCGCGGGCGAAAACGCACGCAGAACCACCCGCGUGGCCCAGUAUAGAAAUGACACAUUCAUACCAAAACUACCCCGUACUGCCACACACGUGCAAUCUAUACCCAACUUACACUGAAAUAAAACCAGAGUACAACGUCCCAAACUUCCAAAACACAGAGACUAGCAACGAUAUAAAGAUGCGCGUCCAGAAUAUAUACAACCAAGACUCUAGAACUUUCUACGAGAAUCCGUCCAAUCUUCGAAACGAGGUCCCCAGAACACCGUUAAGAUCCUCGAAUUAUCUAGUCCCCGAAAAUAGAAAAUACGAAUCGAAUGCCCAAUGUCGGAGUCCGAGAAACGUGCUCAACAGCAGUCCAAGAAAUUAUCUACCAGAUGUUAGCACUAACAAUUAUGAAGCAACGCAAAAUAACGCAAGAUCUGUGCAAAAUAACUCGAGUAUCUACUCUGAGGACCACAGGCAAAGUAUUGGGGAAUUUUCUGGAUAUUGUGAGGACAAUAGUCAGAAUGUGUACGGGAAGUACGGGGACGCCAAAGAGGAGUAUGUAUCAGCAUUACACAAUGCUCUAGCAAACGUCCAAAACAUAGACAAUAUGAGGGGAAUUUAUAACGACGUGGGGUGUAGUCAGUAUGGCCAGAAUUGUGAUAGGGUGUUCCCAUACCAGUUGGGCGGGAAAAAAAUGGAGCAAAUGAGGAAGAUGCAGAGGUGUCGUACCCCGGAGAUAUUGCUGGCGCCUCAUUAUUUGGAGGGGUGUAACAGACAAGUUUGCUGCAACUGGGGUGCGCCUUAUACGAAUAGGAAAAAAGAGGAGAACUCCGGCGUAUCGGGCGGGGUGGGCAGCCCGAGCGGCGCGGCGGGCGCGGCGCCCAGCAGCGGCUCCGAGUCCGGGGAGGUGCCCGCGCGGGACACGCCGCGCCCGCCCAGCGACAUCGACAGUCAGAUAUCGCUACCACGUUCGUACACACUGCCGCGCGAGUUUCGCUACUGGAGGAGACGUCCUCGACUACGCGACGCUCAUGUUCCCAGUAAUAACAGCAGUGAUGGCGACGUCGAUAGCGGAGACAACGACAGCGACCGCCGCUCCAACUGCUCCGCCUCCUCGCAGAUACAGCCCCCCACGUACGGCGAGACGUUCCAGUACAACCGUCCCGACAUGGUGCCGCGGCAGGACGAGCGCUACAACGAGAACGCGUACGCCGCGUGCCCGGACCGGCGGCGGCGCGGCUUCCGGAAACAGGGGCCUAAGCCCGAGACUAAACUUUAGGCAUCUACUCGAAAAUUUCAUGUACAAAUGUCUGGAUGCCGCCGUCAAAACGCCGGAAUGAAUCCGGGCCGGCGGUAAUUUAAACGAACGGCGGGACUAAACAUUCGGUCCCGGCCGGACCAUGAGGCCGCGACAAGACUUAUUAUCAAAGCGCGAACGUAGCGUGCCCGGACCGACGACGCGCUGCUUCAGAAAACAGAGGCCUACCUAACUCUGACACUAAACUUUAACGUGUAAAAUAUCCAGUUCCGACGAAAUAUUUAAUUACCUCGUACAAAUGCCCGGAGUUCAGGAAACAGGAGCCUACUUUAGGUUGUCCAUUUACAAAGAAACAUUUCAGUAGUACAAAUGCCUGGACAUCGCCGUCGAAACACCGAUAUAAUAGCGUGUACGAAGCGUGCCCGGACCGGCGGGACUACAUAUUCUGUCCAUUUACGUAGAUUUCAGUAUUUACAAAAACAAAUGCCCGGAAAUGGUGCCGCGACAAAACAACCGUUGCAAUGAGAACGUAUUGCUUAGACCGAUGACAGUGCGGCUUCAGGAAACAGGGGCAUAAGCCUACUUUUUUAAGUAAUUCUGUUCAAUUACAAGAGUAACAGACUUAGCUCAACGAAUUAGCAAGCUGAAGUUUGUCGUAGAACCGAUGGCCUCUGGGGCAGACGUAUUCUAGAGGGGAGGCCGCGUUCUAGAGGGGAGGCAAGCGUAGUGUGAUACGACCCUAAUAGCGUGAUGUGGUUGGAUGAGAAAUGCGGAAGAUCGUGUGUGGUCGCGCGCCCUCGGAUAGCAGUGGACGAUAACAGGCUGAUGGAUAAAAAUGAAAGAAUAUUCCAGCAGGUCCAAAUACAGGGAGUUGUGGAUCAGGGAUAUGUGAUCUAUCAUCAAGAAAUACGUAAUGUUCCCGGACCGAACUCACCGAAGACAGCGCGGUUUCAGGAAACAAUGAACUUAAGUAAAAAACCUAGGAAGGAACUUAAAAAUUUAGUUACAUUUAUUUUGAGAUUAACUUUUAGUAUUUAUUUAGGAACCGUUAACGCUUCUUCACAUUUGUGAACUUUUAAUAAGACAUCACGGGGUUUGACAUCUCAGACGAAAUAACGUAACUCCAGUCACGAUUUUAACUAAUGACUCGAGUUUUAUUAAUUUGUCCAAAUAUGAUAUGUCAAAACGAAAGGUUUCCCCGAUUCAUAGCCAAUUUUCUCCUUAGACGAGUGUCCUAUAAGUUCUUAUUAUGUGAAAAUUCUAUAAUUUGUAUAUUGAAAAGUGCCUUAUCUUGUUUAUAAGUGUAGUCCACCACCAAAAAGGUUUUGGUAGAAGAGAUAUAGGUAAAUAAGUAAACUAACAGAUUCGAAAGUAAGAAAGUAACUAAACUUAUUUUGUAAAGUAAAAAGUUACAUUUUAUAAAUGAUAUUAAGUUUUAUAGGUUAUAAAAUUGUAAACUUUGUACUAUUGUAUUAUAUAUAUUGUAUAUUUGUAUAUUUAUGUAUCUAAACAGUUGUAUAGAAGAAGGAUGUAUGUGACAAAAAAAAAACAUAAUAUAGACAUUUCAAACUUUUAUUUGCUUUAUUAUCUAUAUUCCAAUUGUAAAAGGGAAACCAAUCACUCUGUGUCUACUACUUUUCUACGGAUCGUCUGCCAUUUACACAAUAUAAAGAAACAUCAACCAAAAUAAGGUUUAAUUCACAAUUACACAUUUAAUGUUGAUUAAAUCUAUCUUAGAACUAAUGGUCUGGUCGCACCGAGAGUUGACUGAAGGAGGAACC